AGUAGAAGAUAAACUCUCUAAUUCUUGUAAAUCAAAAUUGCUAGAGGAAAGGACAUUGGGCAUCAACAAUAAAUAAAUUUAAUGCUCAUAUGAGAAAGAUGGAAGGAAACACCACAAGCAAUAUAUUAUCCUCUAAAGAGCCCACCCUAAUCACUGAAACAACAAAGGGAAUUAUAACUGAAAAAUAUGACAAGAUGAGCAACAAGCUGAAAUUGCCUAGUAACAAAUAUCUUGAAGAUGUGAUGAAGAUGUAUUCCGCCACAUGCUCAUACUACCAUCCUACUCAUUUUUUUGUAUUCGAUGCUGAUGAUUUGAUAUACAAAACAUUGUUGACAGAAGAAGACAUCAACUUUAUCAAGAAUUUGAAUCCCAUCACUCUGUCUAAAGUCAAUAAUGGAUUUGAAAAAGAGUGCAAGAAAUUCAAGGGAAAGAAAACAGCAAUAGACAUAAUAAAAUCAUGUGAUGUCACGAAGUUUGACGGAUCGACUCAAGGCUACGAUGUGUAUUGGCUGAACAAGUCGAUGGCUAAUGCCAUGGAUGGCUUCCUCUUUGUGGACAUUAAUGACCCUCCCUCCCAAUCCGAAGGGGACUUACAACGCAAUACUUGGUCUUUCAUGAAGACAUGUUUUAGAAGUAUUGGCGUUUCAUGUCACAGUGGGGAAGUCUAUUCCUCUUGUGUAGCAGCGGUCGAGAGUAGCAAAAGACAGUUAGAUGGGAAAUCAAGAAUCAGUAAAAAGGCAAGCAAGGACAAGCCCGACCUUUUGUAUGUUAAAAAUAAUGUUGAAUAUGCUGUUGGAGAAUUCGCUUUGACGUUGGAUAGCGAAGCAACCAAGGUGAUAAGAAAAAGGGGGUUCGAAGCUCCUGUUAUGUUGAAAAUGAUGCUGGACAAGGUUGUUAAAGAUUAUCCCAAGGUUCAAGGCAGCAUCACACUUGUUGGCUUUGUGAUCAAUAGUAAGCACAAUCUCCACUACCCUUAAGAAAAAAAACGCUUACUUUUGUUAAAACAGGCUUGCAUUUGGAAACAAUUGCAAUCAAAAUGAUAAACAACAACAUUGCCUGUGUUUCUUCUGUUGGAAAUUUUGAUUUUCCAACCAACAUUCAGUCGUUUGUUGGCCCUGCCACAAAGGUGCUCAAGCACUUUGUUCAAAUCAAAGAAUUGUUGAAAGAGACAAUUGAAAAAAUAGAAGACAACG